AUGGUAAACGUUCCAGAUCCAACACCUUCUUCCAGAAAGCUCGUGGGCCAGCCUUUGCUAAUCUCUAUCUCGAUAUUCGCAUCUCUUGGUGUCUUCCUUUUUGGCUAUGAUCAAGGAGUUAUGAGCGGCAUUAUCACUGGACCCCACUUCAGAAAAUACUUUGGAAACCCAGAUGCAGUUUCAAUAGGUACCAUGGUCGCUGUUCUAGAAGUCGGAGCAUUCAUCACUUCCGCGGCUGCUGGCCGUAUCGGGGACAUUGUUGGUCGGAAGGGCACGCUAUUCAUCGGUGCCAUAAUCUUCACAGUGGGUGGUGCUAUUCAGACCUUGACAGCCGGGUUCUGGACGAUGAUUGUCGGACGAGUUAUCAGUGGUUUUGGUGUUGGCCUCCUCUCGACCAUUGUUCCGAUUUAUCAAAGUGAAAUCUCACCGCCUAAUCAUAGGGGCUCCCUGGCAUGCAUCGAAUUCACCAUGAAUAUAGCUGGCUAUUCAUCCUCAGUAUGGAUGGAUUACUUCUGCUCUUUUCUCAAUUCCGACCUUUCUUGGCGUAUUCCCCUUUUCGUACAAUGUAUCAUCGGAGCUAUACUCGCUGCAGGGGCGCUAAUGAUGCCUGAAAGUUGGUGCAUAGAUACUGACAAGGAUGCUGAAGGAUUCCGAGUUCUCGUGGACUUGAAUGGGGGAGAUCCACAAAACCCAACAGCAAUUGCAGAGUUCAAAGAAAUCAAAGAUCGUGUCAUGGAAGAGCGUGCUUCCGGCGUUGCGCGGUCAUACUACGAGAUGUGGAAGAGAUAUAAACGGCGUGUUUUGCUCGCCAUGUCGUCUCAGGCUUUUGCUCAGCUGGUGCGUAAUUGGCGUUCUGGCGUAAGCCUCGUGUUGUAUUUGACUGACCGUAUUGUGCUUUCAGAGGCGGGAUGGAUAGGACGGGAUGCUAUUCUAAUGACUGGCAUCAACUCAUUGAUAUAUAUCCUAAGCACGAUUCCUCCAUGGUAUCUAGUCGAUAGAUGGGGGAGACGACCGAUUCUACUUUCUGGUGCAGUGAUUAUGGCCAUAUCUCUUACUGCCACCGGUUGGUGGAUGUACAUUGAUGUUCCCCGCACACCUAACGCCGUAGUAAUCUGCGUUAUUAUAUACAACGCUGCCUUCGGAUAUAGUUGGGGACCUUUGCCUUGGUUGUACCCCCCCGAGAUCAUGCCUCUGACUAUUCGCGCGAAAGGCGUGUCACUUUCUACAAGCACAAACUGGGCCUUCAACUUCCUUGUUGGUGAAGUGACACCUGAAUUACAGGAAGUGAUUACUUGGAGGUUGUACCCUAUGCAUGGAUUCUUCUGUGCCUGCAGCUUUAUCCUGGUUUACUUCCUGUACCCCGAAACUAAGGGGGUUCCACUUGAAGAAAUGGAUCUUGUGUUCGGCGAAGAUGAACGCGAGGAAAGGGAGGAGAAUGCCGACGAUGACGAAGACAACGAGGUUGACGGUAUAGAUGAGACUACUUCAUUACUUUCUACCGCAACCCCAAAUGGCUCAAGGAAGCGACCCCAUAAGAAAGGAUGGUUCGGUAUUUUCAAGCGUCGACCUACUGCAGGUGAACUGCGAACUUGA